CAAAUGGCAGGCGGUGGUGCUGUUCUUGCGAUUCGAGAAGCCGAACGAGCGAAAGCAGGAGCCGAGGACGUGGGACAAGCGAAUCUCAUAUACAAGAGAUAUGGUAGCGCAGGACCAAGCCCACAGCAUAAGUCAUCGUCGUUUUCGCGUGCUUACAACGAACAGUUCACGGAUGAUGUGGAAGCGCAACUUGUUACUUCUGAUAGCAAUUGUUCUCCUAAAUCAAGCAUUUGUGUCAGUGAUGUUAAGUGUUCCAUGUUGCUGAUUUGCAUCAACAACUUCUUCGACGACAACCAUAAACUUUUAAGUGACCAUAUGUUCCAGGAUAUGAUUCUCCGACUCAACAUCGGUGGUUCAAGCUACCGUAUUCGAACGCGAUCAAUCGUGAAAUUCGGACCAAUGACCUUGUUGGGUCGAUUCGUUCGGAUGAAUCAUGAUCAUCGCAAGCAAUGGGCUGAUUGGUAUUUCGAGGAUUCAGAAGAAUAUUUCUUUGAGCGAGUACCACGGUAUUUCGAUCCAAUUUAUGACUUCUAUGCAACCGGACGUUUACAUGUACCGAAAGAUCUUUGCUUUGAUAAAUUCAUGGCUGAGUUACGAUUUUGGGCAGUGUCUAAGUCGAAAAUGGAUGAAUGUUGUUCACCAUUCGCUCAGUACUGCAUCCUAUCGAAAACAACGGCUGACACAACGGUAGAAUUUCAACAAAUUCUCUUAUUAUUUUUUAACAAUAAAAAAUUCCUUCAUUUACUCAGCGGUGAAAGGAAUACAGCAUUCGUUGGUACUUGGCUAACUUGCAGGAGAAAGACCCCUUCAUUGGAGUGCGGUGUGCGAAGCUUCGCCGACGCCUUUGGUUUGUCCUUGAGGGCCAUACAAAUUCGAAAGGUGAAUCAGUUUUUUAGAUGGUGGAAGGCUUUCGAAAUAACUUCAUCGUCGUUUGUUGUACUGUCAAUAGCAGCUCUUAUUCUCGGUUCCAUUCCUGAAUUCCAAGUUCCUGAACGAUCAAAAGACACACUUUCACAAAAUGCACAACCCUCUCAGGUCAAUCCUACAUAUCAUCCAAAUUCUGCUGACGAUCAUCAAACCAACUUGAAGAUACCUCCCAAAACUUCAGAUGAUACACGACUCGAAAUGGUCGAGCAUCCUGUUUUUAAUCAUAUCGAAAAUAUUUGUGUGGUCUAUUUCACUCUGGAAUAUUUGCUUCGAUUCUGUGUUGCACCCCGAAAGUGGUCGUUCGCAAAGCAAUUUUUGAACGUGAUCGAUUUACUGGCAAUAUUGCCAUUCUUUUUCGAAAUAAUUCUCGCAAUUGUAGGCAUCAGAGGCGAUAAUAUUCGCAAAGUCAGAUGGGCAUUUUUAACCGUACGACUUCUGAGGAUUCUUCGUAUCAUACGAAUAGUUAAAUUGGGCCGUUUUUCACCAGGUCUUGCCAAUUUUGCCUUAACAAUACGGAAAAGCAAGAAACAAAUGCAAAUGGUUGCCAUUGUCAUGUUAACAGUUAUUGUUUUCUUCUCAACACUCGUGUAUUUCCUUGAAAAAGAUGAACCGAAUACCACAUUCACUUCUAUUCCAGCCUCAUUUUGGUGGGCUGUAGUCACGAUGUCAACUGUUGGUUACGGUGAUAGUGUACCACAAACUAUAGGCACCCGGGAAGCUGGUUGGAAGUGGGGCGAUAGUAUGUGGGGUUAUGGUAUUGGCAUUACCGAUCACCAUAAUGGUAUUCAUCGCAUUCUCAUACCCACUCAAGAGCAACUGUUGUUUCUCUGA